AUGUAUGCAUUGACCAAUUUAAAGUCAAAAAAUGAAGGAGAGUCGGAUAUUUCGUACACCCUGGUUUCAUCUGAACCAUUGAGGAGUAAAUCCGAAAAGUUGAAUCCUUCAAGGUGGAAUACGGUCGAGUUCUAUGUGUAUUAUUUAGUACAUGCAGUUACCAUACCGUAUAUGUUCUGGGUGUCAUACACGAUCAGUAGAGAAUCACAUCCAAACUACCCACAAUACGAAUAUUAUUUGGAAGACGGAUGGUUAUUUGGCCGUAAAGUUGAUAAUAGUGAUUUUCAAUUUGCAAGUGUUCGCAAUAACUACAUUCCUCUAUUUCUUGCUCUAGUCCUCCAUGUCGCACUCUCCCGAUUGUACAGAUUCCUGUUCGUUCCAUCACAGCCAGCCAAACUACCUAACCAACACUUACAUCAAGUCUACUUUAAUCUUUUAUUCUCGCUUCUCUUCUUUUAUGGUCUUUGUGGGAACGGUUUAUUGAAGAUCUUGAUUAUAUUGACUAUGAACUAUAUGAUCGCCAAAGUGUUCAAAGGAUCAAUUCUCAAUUGUGUGGUUACUUGGGUGUUUAACUUGGCGAUUUUAUUUCUAAACGAUAGAUAUAAGGGGUAUGAAUUUGCAAUGGUUGAUGAGCGGCUGUCUUUCCUGGACGACAAUCGUGGUCUACUGAGAUGGCAAGUGACAUUUAAUAUUUCCAUGUUAAGAAUGAUAUCCUACAACAUGGAUUAUUACUGGAGCUUCGGAAAGCUUGCCGGUGAUGGCGCUAAAGAGGUAAUCUUGGAAGAUAUGGAUAGAAAUGAUCGAGAUAAAGCGCCAUUGACCGAAAAAGAUAGAAUUAAUGCUCCAUGUUAUAAAGAGGACUAUAACUACAUUUACUAUCUGAGUUAUAUACUUUACGCUCCAUUGUAUCUAGCCGGACCAAUUAUUACUUAUAACAAUUACAUAUCGCAGUUACGCUAUCCAUGUCGACCCAGUUUUAAAUCUGUCGCGAUCUACGGUAUUAGACUCGCAGGCUCAAUGUUACUUAUGGAGUUUAUGCUUCAUUACAUGUACGUUGUGGCUAUAGCAAAGAGACAUGCUUGGCAAGGCGAUUCUCCAGUCGAGUUGGGUAUGAUUGCCUACUUCAACUUGAAACUGAUAUGGAUGAAGCUUCUUAUAAUAUGGCGUUUCUUCCGGUUCUGGGCUAUGGCCGAUGGAUUUCAAGUGGACGAGAACAUGUUGAGAUGUGCGAGUAAUGUGUAUUCUAUACGUUCAUUUUGGAGAAUGUGGCAUCGAAGUUAUAACAGAUGGACCAUUAGGUACAUUUAUAUCCCGCUUGGCGGCACCAAGUACGCAAUGUACAACAUAUGGGUAGUAUUCACAUUUGUUGCACUGUGGCAUGAUAUAUCACUUAAACUAUUGGCAUGGGGAUGGCUUAUAUCUUUGUUCAUCUUGCCUGAGCUGAUCGCUACGAACUUGUUCACAGAAAAGAAGUUUGGAGAUAAGCCGUAUUAUCGGCAUGUAUGCGCGUGUGGAGCAGUGUUGAAUCUUUUGUUUAUGGUGUUUGCCAAUCUCGUCGGAUUUGUUGUUGGACUAGACGGAGUCUGGGAUAUAGUGAAAUUGAUAUUCAUGACUGUAGAAGGAAUACAAUUCUUUGUAUUGAGUUUUAUGGCACUAUUUACGGCCGUACAAAUUAUGUUUGAAAUCAGAGAGGAAGAAAAGAGACGGAAUAUUGAUAGGAAUAGAUCGUGA